AUGGGACCCCCACGAUCCCAUCACAUUUAUACCACGGAAGGGGAAUCCAGAACGCGCAAUUUGUUAGACGGGGGAAACGACCCGAUGUUUAAUCGAAACAGAAGGGAUAUUUUCUUUGCCGUUCGAGACAAAUUGCCAACUCCACCUCCCACUACCACUCCUUCCGAAAGGCACAAUUACAAUCUGUGGUGUGACUACCACAAAGAGCAUGGCCAUACCUUGGCCCAAUGUCGCGAACUCAAACGUAUCCUGCAUCAACUGGCCGAUGAAGGAAAGCUUUCCAGGUUCCUCAACAGGAGGGACUAUGAGGCGGGAAGAGAAGCGAACCGAAGGCCGUGGAAUCAAAGACGCGGAUCCCCCAAAAGGGAAGAAGUGAGGCACGAAGAUUCCCACACGCAAGGGACCAUCAACAUGAUUUUUGGAGGAUAUACAGAGGAAUAUCCUACCGUUCGCGCCGCGAAAGAUAGCGUCCACACUCUGCUAAAGGGGCCUCCAUUAACCUUAUCCAGGGGACCGGUUAUGAAAUUCGAUGCCACGACCUCGCAAACACUGCAACAGCCCCAUACUGACCCUCUGGUGGUCACCCUCAAAAUUGGACAGAUGAAAGUCAAAAUGUUUGAGGAAAAGCACUUGCAGCCCCUAGAUAAGCCGCUGAUCGGGUUCGGGGGAAGUCAGGUCAUUCCGCUAGGAACGAUCAUUCUCCCCGUGCGCGUAGGAGAAAGAAAUGAAAGUAGGUCCACGCCCAUACGCUUCACGAUGGUGGAUCUCACUUUCCCCUACAACGCCAUCAUGGGACUUCCCCUCAUUAACAAAAUCAAAGCUGCAAUCUUCCCUCAUCAACUCUUGCUACAAUUCGAGCGGGAUGAUGGGCAAGUAGGCAUCCUCAAGGGAGAUCAGGUAACGACCUGCCAAUGCCUCAUAAACACUCUAAAGCGCGGACAUUCCGCGACACCCGCCAAGAGGGAAAGGGAAGAUCAAGUACUAUUGCAAAUCUUAUUAAAUCAGUAA